AUCUCUGCAGCAGAGAGGGCUCAGAAUCUCGCAUUGGAUAAGCUCGCGAGAUGUUACUCGCUCCACCACCUACCGCAGCUACCGCGCCGGCCUCCCCUACGCUCGCCGGCCUGGGGCUGCCGCAGCUCAUUGAUGGUGCAUCAGGGCGCGUGCUGCCCUGUAUCGCUCUCCGGGAGGCAGUCGUCGGUCCGCCCGAGGGCUGGGUGGACCUGGUCUCCGGGAGAAUCCUUCCGUGUGUGGAUCUGUCCGCCAUGGCGGAGGAGGCUGCAUCUCGAGUAAGUGCGCCCCCCUCCCUUUCCUUUCCCGGGCAGGUGCACACCACUCAGUCCGAGCUGCCAGAGCUCCUCCGCCGCUCUUGGGCUGAUGUGGCCAAUUCGGCCAGGCCGCGCCUGAACUCCAUUAUUGUGGAUCCUGCGGUGGUGGACGCCAGCCCCGCUCCGGGCACCGCUGCUCGUCAGGCACGCGAGGGAUCUCCUGCGUCUGGGCAUCAGAUUUGCACGCCGCCCGUACCGCCUGACCCCGCCACAGCGAGCCGCGAGUGGACGCGGGUGCUCUCGAGGCGUGAGAGGAGCCUGGCGAGGCGCCAGAUAGAUUGCCCGCGGCAGCGGCCAAAGGAUUCGGCGGGAUCUCACCAUGAACGCCCGGCAUCCGCAGCUGCAGAGGCCUUCAAGAGGAGAUUUGGGAACUGCUGCUACCGAUGCCUCGCCCCCGGCAUAAAUUCUUCGAGUGCCGCGACCCUCGAAUCUGCUACACCUGCAAGCGAACGGGCCAUCUCGAGCGCACCAAAGGAAGGCCCUGCCGCACCCCCGCCGAGUGCUCCGGUGCCGCCCCAAGGUCCAAUGGAGGAGGAGUACAUUCCGGGGGCGGCGCAUCGUAGGCCGAUGACGUCCAUCAGCUCGGUGGUCAGCACGCCGGCGAUGGAGGCAGAGUCCUACCGCCUCAGAACCACGGCGUUGUUGCUCACUGCCACUGGGCCCUGCGACGCCAUCUCGGGGGACAUGGUGGUGAGGGCCAUCGAGCGCGACACAUGGCCACUGGUGCUGCCAUGGUUUGGUCUCACUGCUCGCCUGGUGGGAAGAGAGUGGCAGGAAGAUGCCAAUUCUAUCCCUUGUUUUUAGAAUUAUUUCUGGGGGACAGCGGAAAUCGAGAUGGCUUGAUAUUUUAUCA